CAUCCAACCUCACCCCAUCACUUCCCCACACCACUAUAGAACACACGCACCAUCCCGAGCACGGAGCACCUCGUCACUCUCCGGCUCCACUUUUUAGAUCCCCACCCGUUUCUUGUACUCCGUAUAGUGUCAGCUGGCCACUUGCUUCGGCUUCUUGGACGCAUUGGGACAUACUACUUAUUUGGAUAGGAGAACUUAGCUGUUGCAAUCUUGAGCGGAAGGAGGAGGAGGAGGAGGGGAAGAAACAAUGGCGCUCUCGACGACAGGAUUUCUGGGCGUGCUCCCUCAGGAACACCAUUUCGCUCCCGCGUUGGAGCUCCAGACUAGGUCUCUCAAGCCGAGGAAGAGGUCCUGCAUUUCUGCGUCGCUGUCGGCGGAGAGAGAAGCAGAGUACCACUCGCAGCGGCCGCCCACGCCGCUGCUGGACACCGUCAACUACCCCAUCCACAUGAAGAACCUGUCUCUCAAGGAGCUCCAGCAGCUGUCCGACGAGCUCCGGUCGGACGUGAUCUUCCACGUCUCCAAGACCGGCGGCCACCUCGGGUCCAGCCUGGGCGUCGUGGAGCUCACCGUGGCCCUGCACUACGUCUUCAACACGCCCCAGGACAAGAUUCUCUGGGACGUCGGCCACCAGUCGUAUCCGCACAAGAUCCUGACCGGGCGGCGCGACAAGAUGCCGACGAUGCGGCAGACCAACGGGCUCUCGGGCUUCGUCAAGCGCUCCGAGAGCGAGUACGACAGUUUCGGCACCGGCCACAGCUCUACCACCAUCUCCGCCGCACUCGGGAUGGCCGUGGGGAGGGACCUCAAGGGCGCCAAGAACAACGUGGUGGCGGUGAUCGGGGACGGGGCCAUGACGGCCGGGCAGGCGUACGAGGCCAUGAACAACGCUGGGUAUCUGGACUCCGACAUGAUCGUCAUACUCAACGACAACAAGCAGGUGUCGCUGCCCACGGCCACGCUCGACGGGCCGGCGCCGCCUGUGGGCGCGCUCAGCGGCGCCCUCAGCAAGCUGCAGUCCAGCAGGCCGCUCAGGGAGCUCAGGGAGGUGGCAAAGGGAGUGACGAAGCAAAUCGGCGGGUCGGUGCACGAGCUGGCGGCCAAGGUGGACGAAUACGCCCGUGGCAUGAUCAGCGGCUCCGGUUCUUCCCUCUUCGAGGAGCUGGGCCUCUACUACAUCGGCCCCGUCGACGGCCACAACAUCGACGACCUCAUCACCAUCCUCCGGGAGGUCAAAGGCACCAAGACCACCGGCCCGGUUCUCAUCCACGUCGUCACCGAGAAAGGCCGCGGCUACCCUUACGCCGAGCGAGCCUCCGACAAGUACCACGGCGUGGCCAAGUUCGACCCGGCCACGGGGAAGCAGUUCAAGUCCCCGGCCAAGACGCUGUCCUACACCAACUACUUCGCCGAGGCGCUGAUCGCGGAGGCGGAGCAGGACAGCAAGAUCGUGGCCAUCCACGCGGCCAUGGGGGGAGGAACCGGGCUCAACUACUUCCUCCGCCGCUUCCCGAACCGGUGCUUCGACGUGGGGAUCGCCGAGCAGCACGCCGUCACAUUCGCCGCGGGGCUCGCCUGCGAGGGCCUCAAGCCCUUCUGUGCCAUCUACUCGUCGUUCCUGCAGAGGGGGUAUGACCAGGUCGUGCACGACGUGGACCUCCAGAAGCUUCCCGUGAGGUUCGCCAUGGACAGGGCUGGGCUGGUGGGCGCCGACGGGCCGACACACUGCGGGGCGUUCGAUGUGACGUUCAUGGCGUGCUUGCCCAACAUGGUCGUCAUGGCCCCGUCCGACGAGGCUGAGCUUCUGAACAUGGUCGCCACCGCUGCUGCCAUCGACGACCGCCCCUCCUGCUUCCGCUAUCCCAGAGGCAACGGCAUUGGCGUCCCGUUGCCCCCCAACUACAAAGGCAUUCCCCUCGAGGUGGGGAAAGGCAGGAUCCUUAUGGAGGGUGAGAGGGUGGCGCUGCUGGGGUACGGGUCGGCGGUGCAGUACUGCGUGGCCGCGUCGUCCAUCGUUGAGGAGCACGGCCUCAGGGUGACCGUCGCCGACGCCAGGUUCUGCAAGCCGUUGGACCACGCCCUCAUCAGGAGCCUCGCCAAGUCCCACGAGGUGAUCAUCACCGUAGAGGAAGGCUCCAUUGGUGGAUUCGGCUCUCACGUGGCUCAGUUCAUGGCCCUGGACGGCCUUCUUGACGGCAAACUUAAGUGGCGGCCGGUGGUGCUUCCUGACAAGUACAUAGACCAUGGAUCACCGGCUGAUCAGUUGGUGGAGGCUGGGCUGACACCGUCGCACAUCGCCGCCACGGUGUUCAAUAUCCUGGGGCAGGCAAGGGAGGCCCUCGCCAUCAUGACGGUGCCGAAUGCCUAGAGCCAGCGUGCUGCCUGCUAUAGAGAUUCUUGUACAUUUUGGCAUUAGAUGAUUCAGAGAGAUUAGCCGGCGUCUUAAAAUUAAAGAUAAUGAUCCUGGUCAGGGGAGGGGGGAAUGACAGUUUUCGUUCUUUAUUUUUGAUGUUGGCUGCCUUGAGGUACGUGGUUGUUCACGGAUUGGAACACAGCUGUGGUCUUUGUAUCUAUGUAAUGAUGUAUGUUGAUAGAUUUUGGAGGACAAAGAUACUCUGUAUAUACAUGGAGAAUGAGUCGAUGUUGUUUGAAGUUGUGGUAUUACACAUCUUUUUUUUU